UCCGCUGAUGUAGGAGGAGACGCUGCUGUCAUCUGCAAAAAAAGUGGCAAAAUCCAUUUUUAAAGGCAACGGGCUUUUCACCCUUCCAGGAUUUUUAAUUCUACAAGUGUUGUGACUGAGAGCUUCCAUUAUAUAAAACGACACAAACGGGAAUGUUUUUGACAUUAUUCAAUUACUCGUUGUGAAGCUGUGACGCUUCAUUCACCCGAUCGGACAGCAAUUCCUCCUUUCCAGAGGAGGAAUCUUUUUUCCUGCAUUUGAAGGGGUGGAUAAGGCUGGAGAGGGGGGAAAUAGGAAAAGUGGAUGUCGCGACUGUGCGAUCUGUCCCGUUUUCACCGGGACCCGUGUUGGUGGUGAGCCGCCGCGGAGCCGUUGUGGGAGUGUCGCACGUACGCGAGGAUAGUUUGUCCUGGAUUUUUCAAUCAUUUGCGAGAUAAGGCUCCCGGACCUCCUCCUCCUCGUCGACGCUACCCUCCCUUCCUCGUCCUCCCGGUUUUUUCUUCCUCUCUUACCUCCGUGAUUUUGCCGCGGUCCGCACGCGGGGUAGAGGCUCGCGCUCACCGCGAGAGGACUGAACGCAGCGCGCGAGGCCCCCCGGCCCCCUCCCCCACUCUCAAACCCCCUUCAGAUCAUCUCCUCACCUCCCUCUCAUUUUUUUCCUUCUUCUUUCUUAAUAUUUUUCCUCAGAGGAGAAGAAUAGGGGGAAUUGUUUCAUUUUUACGCGCCUUUUUUCCAACGGCCACCCGAGCGAAGUGAUAUUUUUGUGUUUUUUUUCUUGUUUCUGAAGCCCCGACGAGGCCGGGCUGUGUACAGUAAAGCAGUGGGGAUGACUUUAGAGUCGAUGAUGGCCUGCUGCCUGAGCGAAGAGGCCAAGGAGUCGAAACGAAUCAACGCCGAAAUCGAUAAGCAACUGCGUCGAGACAAACGCGACGCGAGACGGGAGUUGAAGCUGCUCCUGCUCGGCACAGGUGAGAGCGGCAAGAGUACGUUCAUCAAACAGAUGCGUAUCAUCCAUGGCACCGGAUACACAGAUGAGGACAAACGUGGCUUCACCAAGCUGGUGUACCAGAAUAUCUUCACCUCCAUGCAGUCCAUGAUCCGUGCCACUGAGACCCUGAAAAUCGGCUACAAGUACGAGCAGAACAAGGCAAACGCUAUGCUGGUAAAGGAGGUGGACAUUGAGAAGGUGAAUUCAUUUGACCAGCCCUACAUUAAUGCCAUAAAGAUGCUGUGGUCAGAUCCAGGCAUUCAAGAGGCCUAUGACAGACGGCGAGAGUACCAGCUGUCAGACUCCACAAAAUACUAUCUGUCUGAUCUGGAUCGUAUCGCCGAGUCCUCCUACCUUCCCACCCAGCAGGAUGUUCUGAGGGUUCGAAUCCCGACCACAGGGAUUAUUGAAUACCCAUUCGACCUUCAAAGCAUCAUUUUCAGGAUGGUCGAUGUAGGGGGUCAGAGGUCAGAGCGCAGGAAGUGGAUCCACUGUUUUGAGAAUGUGACGUCCAUCAUGUUCCUGGUGGCUCUGAGCGAGUACGAUCAGGUUCUGGUGGAAUCGGACAAUGAGAAUCGUAUGGAGGAGAGCAAGGCUCUGUUCAGGACAAUAAUCACAUAUCCAUGGUUCCAAAACUCCUCUGUCAUCCUCUUCCUCAACAAGAAGGACCUGCUGGAGGAGAAGAUCUCUUACUCCCACCUGGUCGACUAUUUCCCAGAGUUCGAUGGGCCCCAGAGGGACGCCCAGGCUGCACGGGAGUUCAUCCUGAAGAUGUUUGUGGAUCUGAACCCUGACAGCGACAAGAUCAUCUACUCGCAUUUCACCUGCGCCACCGACACGGAGAACAUCCGCUUCGUGUUCGCGGCGGUGAAAGACACCAUCCUGCAGCUAAACCUGAAGGAAUACAACCUGGUGUGAGACGUGUGACGAGUCCAACACCGCUCACACGAAUCAGCAUAGAACAGGCACCCACAGAGCGUGCGCACACCUACGUCCACACACACAACACACACACACACACACAUAUACACACACACGCAUCAUGUACACAGUCAGAAACACACGGUUCUUUUGAUUUCUCUUUCCCAGCUUCCAGAGUUCUUCUCUUUCUGUCCAGCGGAAUCGUAACGGACGUGUCCUGCUCAUCGUUUAUUUUUUAUUUGUUUGCCAAAGUCUGUCCGCUCAGCACCGGCAGCUCUCGUCAAAGGCCUCUUUCCCUUUUAUCAAAUUUGACCACCGAAACGUGGCUUGGAUUUGACAAAGGGCGUUAGACUCCGACUCGCCACUCCCAACGUUUGCGUAUUUCAAGAAAAUGUUGGAUUGGCGGAGCUACAAUGAGAAUGAUCUGUGAUGCGCUGGCCUGAAAAACUGGAAGUGAUGUUCCUUCCUCUUCCUGUACUAUCACUCGCUCCAAUCACGUCAUCUGCUCCGAGAGUUUCUCGGGAAUUCUGCCUGGAUGAAUGGAAAAAUGUGGUGUUCACAGCCCUGCAAAAAGACAAAAAUGACAAAAAAUAAAAAAAAUAAAAAUCACAACAUAUUUACAUACUUGUACAUGGACACAUGGACUAGUGCUGUGGUGCCAGAAGUUCCGAAACGGAUCCAUUGGAUCCUUCUAGAAUUCCGAGGAUUCUGGCGGAUUCUAGAAUCCAGUGGAUUCCAGCGGGUUCCACUGAUGGUGUGGAGAACCUUUCACUCGCAGAGAUGAUUCUCUCGACGAGGCUAGUCUUCAACUCGCAUCGAUGAAUGUAAACUUCAUGUGAGAGCAUCGCCAAUGCAAAAAAAAAAUCAACAAAAAAUCUGAAAAAAAAAAUGAUAAUGAACGAAAAUAGUGUAAGAAUGCCUAUAUAAGCAAAAAGCACGCGAGGGAGAGAUGAAAAGAAAUAAAUCUGUGUAUAUUGCUGAGAUGAUCAUUUUAAGAACUUUUUAAUGAUAAGUAACUAUAGCUACUUCUACUGCUACAGAAUAUAAAGUAAAUUAUAACAGCAGUCGAAUUAAUGAUGGGUAAGAGACAGCGUUAAGGAUUUUUAAAUGUGCGCGAAACAGGAUUAUACACAUACGAUAGGUAUUGUUCUGCAGAUUUCCACAUUUAGAGUUGAAAAUGAUUGCAUUGCUUCCUUCCCCCAUGGUUGUUAUGUUUUAUCUUCCUUCCCGGUUUCGUUUUAACUUCGCGAUCUAAUAAAUUAGUGCGUGAUUAUCUUUUUUUUUUCCGCUCACAAACAGAUACUUUAUCAAUUCAGAAUCCGGGCCGUAGACUCGCGGGUAUCGUCGUCAUCCAGCGGCCCAGAUGCACACAAUCCAUUAUUUGUUUAUGUAGUUUUUUAUUGACAUAGCGUAAAUUUUUCGGUCAACAAUUUCAAGAAUUUCGAAACAAAAUUCCGGUGGGAACGUGGGAGGACGAGGGUGGGGGGACAGGAAAGCAUUCAUGCGCUGAAGUUAAUUGAUUGUGUAUAUUUAUAUUUGUAAAUACGUAUACACAUUAUUGCUUAUGUACAAAACGUCUGUGGUACACUAUCUUUGGCAGAAAAAAAGAGAAAAAAAAACACUUUUUCGUAAUUGUGUACGGUUCUGUUGGUUUUCUUAUGAAUUACAAUAUUAUUGAUACUGUGAUUCUUCGUUUUAAGUUUUGAUUUUUCUUUUUUUGGUCACUAUGAAUACGUCAAAUGAUAUACACAUAGCUGUACACGAUGGUAACGUGUGGAGGACGAAUGUGGUUUUAAAAAACGACGCGCACGGUUAUGAUGAGCAAUAGUCUGAGAAAACCUAGAGCGUUUGGAAACAUCGGAGAGGGAUGGCGAAACAGCCUUCUCUACAGUGUGAAUGUUAUAUGAGAUAAAAAUAAAAAAUAUGAUUUUUAAGCAAAAGAAAAGAUUAAUUAAAUAAAGAACAUUUUAUUUAUAUAAUUUAUGGACCAGAUCUGAAGUUGUUGAUAAUUUGAAUGCUAUUGUUUGCUCUUUCCUAUUUGAAGCACUCCCAUGUUAUGAGACAGAAAUAGGAGACUAGUGUCUGUACUGCUGUAUAAACCUCCGUUAUGGAUAAAAAUGAUCAGCUUUUUUGUUUUAAUUUUCUAUUUUAAUUUUUUUUCCCCAAGCACACAAUAUAUUGUACUAUAAAUAUAUUUCCCUAACCACACUUUUCACUUUCCUACAGAAUUUUUUUUUUAAUUGUUUAAUUUCCAAAUGAUGUUUAGGUGAAGUGCUUAAAAACAAACAUAGGAAAUGUACCAUAUGAAAAUAGACAGCUUUUUAUCUGUGAUUGAAGAUCUAUUUGGUUGACGCUUGCAAGUAGUGACUUUUUCUUUCGAUUUUGAUUUUAUUUGAAUUUCUUUCUAAAUUCACAGCUUGUUUCCUUCAUUGUGUAUGUGAUGCACAGAUAGAAAAAAAGUGUUAUUUUACAGUUGAUAUUUUAUACAGGUGAUGUUUCAUUCAUUUUCAUCAAGGGCUACGAAAAACAUGCCACAUGAAAACCAGAAGCAAUUGGUCACAGCCCAAAGUGUGGUUCGGUAUCAAGAGAAACUUCUCUUUUUUUGUACGUGAUCAGUUUCAAGCAGAUUCAGAAAUACACCCAUUCCACCAAAUGCAUUAUUCAUUAUUUUAUCACAUUUGCUGCCAUGCAUCUGAGUUCAUCACUUGCCACGGUCAUACUAGAGAAGCAUUCCCAAACACUUACUUGAUGGAUAUAAAACCUGACGUGAUAUUUGUAAACGGAACCCGUGUAAUUCAGUGUUUAAGUGGGGUUUGGAAACGUCACACCAUUUUGUAAAUCUUGCAGUGUUUUCUUAACUGUUUGUAGUGAGUUAGAUUUGAAGACACUGAAGCAAAUCGUGGCCAUUGAGCACUUAAUCAUCUAAAAUGGCAUCAUAUUGACACGUGUCUUACUCUGAAGUGUUCAAAUGGAUCUUGCGCCGUGACAGAUCGAGGCUGCCUACACUAGACGAGGCAAAGCGACUGUUGUUUGUCGCGCCACGCCGCAUCCAGGCCCUGUUUACACUAGUGUGUUUUCGUUUUAAAAUGCAUAACUUUUGCUACGGUUACACCUGCCGUCCACACUACUCCUGAGUUUUCAACCCUCGAAAACUUUUACUCUGUAUUUGCGUUUCUGUGUAGAUUGACCAAAACGGACGCUUUUGAAAACAAAGGCGUGGCCAGGGUUGCCAGGUUUUCACAACAAAACCCACCUCAAAAACUAGUUGGGUUUCAGGGGGGUCCCCCGGUAAAAAUCAUGUUCCAGGGGUAAAAUCCACGUUUUUGGCAGGGUUCCUCUGGUAACAUUUGCAUUCCAUGGGGCUAAAUAUCAUGUUAUUUGAGGUCGCUUCAACCCGCGGACAUUAAAAACAACCCGCGGCAACAGUGUUAAAGUAGCCCAAUUCCACGGGAAAACUGCGGACUUGGCAACACUGGGUGUGGCUGCCCACAUUCUCUCCCUGAUUGGGUCUUUUGGAUCAUUGUGUAUCCUUCCCUGAUUCGUCAAGCCCCUAUCAUAUGACCAUUAUGCUACCGUUAGACAACAAUAUGAUCAGCCUCAACGACUGUGUAAACAAUAACAUGGAGAUGUCAGCCAUUAUAAUAAUUGUAUGCACAUGCCCAGUGUCCAUGAUUAGUCAUGCGUUUUUGGUCGUGUAGUGUGGAUGGAGAUCUUUUCAGAAACCCCAGUAUGGACGAGGAUCGUUUUCAUUUUAAAACGCCGUGUUAAAAGGAAAACGCAUUAGUGUGGACAGCCCCAGUGUAGACAGCAUCUUUUUUUAUAAUGGGUUUUAUUUGCUUUUGUCCCGCCGCUCGCAUCUGGUGUAGACGCAGCGUCAGUUUACUGCGGCUGUCGAAAAUUAUGGCUCUGCUCACUAUGAGAAUGUGUUGCUUUGUUGUGUCUGUGGUUGGAAAGCCUUCGAUUGUAAGAAGGGGACGUUAUUCGGCAUAGCUUUGAUUUGUUUAGUUUUUUUUGUGCCACAAGGCAAAUGCCUAGAAACGCGUUGAGCCGCAGGGCGACCGUUCAAGCUACACAUAUCCAUAAAUGUGCCAGUUCCUGAAGUAUCGUUUUUUUUGACGUUCCCUCAAGAACCUCUACCUCUGUGAACCAUGUGGUGUUUUUUGGGCAUUUUAGGAUUGGUAGUCAUGUGACAAGCACACUUCUUUUGUCAGUAGGGCACAGUCGAUGAGGUUUGGAGGCAAAACUUUGUUUGUUUAUUGGAUCCUGCCAAUGACCUGCAUGUAUUUUGUUUGCUUCAUACACUGAACACAGCAGUAAAUCAAAACCUUCCUCAGGUCAAAUAUUCUUCUUUGGCCAACUUCCUAAUUCUCCAGCGAGUGGUAAAUGGAAAAUAGCAUCCGUCCCAUUGUUGGCAAGAGAAUUGUCCGCCUGCAGCUUUCUAUUUCGGUUCUGAAGUGGACAGGUGAAUAGACAUAUCGGUUAUGAAAGCUUUGGCUGUUCUCAAAGGCAUCUGGUCAACAAUACUGUGUACAAAUGCAUAAACGCAGAUGCUUGACCAAUGCAUUGCAAACAUGUCGUCUUGUUGUUACUGCAUUGCUCUAACAUCAUUCAGUACUCAAGAGGGCGCUAGAGUUUCCUUCGAAUAUAUGUGCCAUUAAACCAGAUGUUAUUAUUCCUGAAAAGGAAAUUUGGCUGUAGAGGUUGCUAUUGUUCGAACCAAAUUCUCAGUAUUCACUUCAUUUCAGAGACUCAAAAAUGAAUCUUAUGCAUUCCUGUAAGAGCUUUCUCUAGUGUGUAGGCACCUAAAGAUGAAUCAAUGAUGGUUGUGAUUUGAUUCAGUGAUUCAUUGUGAUGGAAUGAACAUAUGGAUCUUGUUGGAUGCUCCUUUUGUUGACAUCGAGUCAGAUUUGCUGCCCCAUUGCAGUUAUUUCCAUAUUCCAAGUAUGUUUACUGGUACGGUUAGAUGCAUCUGUGUGGUGGAUGGUCAAAUGAAGUUCUGACCCAGUGAAAGAGUCAUUAAAAAUUGAUUUUAUCUCCUGUUCUUUUCUUGUAAUACAUUACCUGAAAGCUGUUAUGCCCAGGACCACUUUAAUAUUUUCUCUUUUUGUUAACAGGACUAUCAUGUACAUUUUAUUUGGGUUUUCUCUCUCAUUCUUUCUCUGCUUCUUUUUGCCCUUUUAUUUUGUAAUUAUACCAAAUGUAAAUGUUGUAUAAUAUUGUGCGUGCCAAUCCCCUUCUCUGAGACUGACUCUUAACAAGUGCCAAUUGUUGUCCAAAUCACAUGCGGACCGUGAAAUUAGACAUGGUCCCCUUUUAAAAAUGAGUAAAACACUAAAUAAGAGAGUAAACGGAUUUACUUUAUAUUUAAGUUGGAAGAUAAACUGCUGUUUUUCUCUUUUCUUUUCUUUUUUUUUUUAAGGAAUUGUAAUUAUUAAAGCAUGUGCUCUUUGUCCAGGUGGGAGUUUUGGGCUCAGACAAACAUCGAAAUCCUCGAGACGAGGAAACAUAGUGGAAAUUUAUUUUACGACAUUCUCGCCAUAUUUUGUUGUUGUUUUUAUUUGUAUUUGUUUCAUUUCAACCACUGUUGCCUGAACCUCAUUCAAACAUGGAAAUGAUUUUCAUAACCGCCUUCUAAAAAAAGAAAAAUUAUAAAGUAUCUGUUUUAAAUUUAAAUAAAUUUGUUCCUAUACUUGCUGA